AUGCAGUUCACAACUCUUACCAUGUGCGCCUUGAGCGUUGCCGGUGCCUUUGCACAAUCGUCAUCCAAGACGUCGUCCGCCGGGGGCGCUUCAUCAACCAACACUGCUGGAGGCCAAACAGUGCAUGUUGUUACAGUUGGAUCCAUGAAUGGAUCUCUUACUUUCUCUCCCAACGAUAUUCAAGCCAAGGUUGGCGAGAUGGUUCAAUUCCAGUUCAUGCCCGCCAACCACUCCGUCGUGCAAUCCACCUUCGAUGCACCUUGCCAGCCCAUCUCCAAGAACUCGAACGUCACGGGUAUCUUCUCGGGCUACAUGCCUGUGCAAGCCUCUGCAUCCACAGCUCCAACAUACACCAUCAUGGUCGCCAACAAAACCCCAAUGUGGCUCUACUGCUCUCAGGGAAAGCAUUGCCAGAAUGGCAUGGUGAUGGUUAUCAAUGCCAACCCGGCAGCCAAUGCUUCCCGCACCCUGCAAGAAUACACCAAGGGUGCCAAACAAGCAACCGCCAAUCUCGCACCUAACGUAGCGGCCGGCGGUGUUGCGGGCACCAACAAUACAUCCGGCUCCAACUCUGGUUCAGGAACAGGAACAGGAUCAGACAACCCAAGCAGCACAGACAGCGCGUCCAAGCCAUCAAACAGCAGCCCCGCGAGCGCAGUCCGCGCGGAUGUCUCGAUCUUGGGCAUGGGUUCCAUGUUCGCCAUCGCCUGGGCACUCUUCUUGUAG